AUGGCGUUCUUCAGCGUUAUAGCUAGAUUCGUCGCGAGGCGACCGCUCGCUGUGGUGACAGCGACGGUGGGCGUCGGGUUACUGCUCGGGCUCGGCAUGAUACGGUUGAAGGUGGUAACCAACGUUGAGGACCUCUACACGCCGCAGGGCAACAUUGCUUUCGUGCACCGGGAUUACGUGGACAGCGUGUACGGCUACGAUCAACUGGACGUGAAGAUCUACGUGACGGGCAAGGGCGGCACGACGGGAAAUGUGCUCACGAAAGACUCGCUACUCGCGCUGCUAGAUGUCUACAACCUCGUUAUCAGCACGAACGCAACGUUCGACGGCUCGACGUUCAGCUACGAUAGCGACCGCAUCUGCUACCGGCCGGCCGGCGCGGGCACGCCGUGCCAGGCGGCGAGCGUGCUGGACUCGUGGGACUUCGACCGCGCGCGCAUCGAGGCGGACAACGACGUCCUUAAAACGUUCAACCGCCCCUACGUGAUGACGCGGUUCGGGCAGCCCGUGCCGCAGGAAUGGGUGAUCGGGCAGAUGCAGCACGACAACGCGACGGGCAAGGUCACAUCGGCGAACGCGCUCCUGCUCACGCUCUACCUACAGAACCACAAGCCGGGCCGCGGGAGCAAGGACGUCGAUAAGUACGUCGAGGCGUGGCAGAAGGCCGUGACGCCCGUCGUUAAGACGUACUCUAACCCGAAUGUGGACGUCUUUAUUCUCUCGCCGUGGGAGCAGCAAGCCGCGGCGGAUAGCGCGCUUACAACGGAUCUGUUCUUACAGGGCGUUAGCGCGGUGCUCCUUGUCGGGUACAGCAAGCUGAUUCUGCACAAGCCGCAUCCCGUAUACUCCCAGUCGCACCUAUCCUUCGCGAAUUUCAUCUCCGUAGGUCUCGCGGUGCUCGGAUCGUACGGCCUGUGUUCGCUCUUCGGAUUAGGGUUCUCGCUGGUUACACAAUCGCUCGCGCUGCUGCUGCUAGGCCUAGGGACUGACGAUAUGCUAGUGACUCUCGCCGCGCACGACGAAACGAGGAAGGAGAUGGCGGGCUCGUCGAUUUCGGACCGCAUCGUCGUGACCGUGGCGCGCGCGCGGCGCGGGGUGAUCGUCGCCGCGGCGACGAAUUUCGUCGCAUUCUGCACGGGAAUCUCGUCGCAGCUGCCGGCGUUGCGAGACUUUAUGAUAUACGCGGCGGUCGGCGUGAUCCUCGUCUUUAUCUACCAGACCACGUUCUUCGUUGCGUGUCUCACGCUAGACCUGUUCCGCCAGCGGGAAAACCGCAUGGAUGUGUUCUGCUGCGUCGUCAGCACGGCCGGUCCGAACGACGGCUGCUGCCGACGCGAGUACGACCCGGAUAAGCCGGACUUUCUCCACACGGUAUUCGGAGCGUACGUCCCCAAAGUUAUUCUGCAUCCGGUGGGGAAGAUUGUCGUGUUGCUGCUUACUGCGGGGUUGCUCGCGUGGGGAGUGUACGGCGCGGUGCACGUGCGCAACGACUUUAACAUGGAGUGGCUGGUGCCUAAAAACGCGUACGUUUUCAAGGUGUUCGAUGUGCGCCGCGCGACGUUCCCGCGAUCCUCGGGGAAAGGCGCGCUCCCCGUGUACGCGUUCACGCGCAACCCUGGAAUUAACGGCGGCGGAAUCGGCGGAAGCGGCGCAAGCGCCGGAGAAGCCCCGCUGGACUACUUCAACAACCAGGACGAGCUCGCGGCGCUCGGCGCCGCACUGCAGAGCGACCCGUACGUGGGCUCGGCGCCGCCCGUGCAGUCGUGGUACGACUGGUACAUCAAGUGGCUGCGCGCGUCCCCGCACAAGGGCCAGCUCACCCCACAGGGCCGCCCCCCAACGUCAGCGCUGUUCUACGAGUGGCUGCACGAGUUCCUGGCGUCGCUGAUGGGGCGGCGGUUCCAGACGGACGUGGUGUUUGCACCGGGCAGCAAUGGCACCGUCAUCCUCUCGUCCCGCAUGUUCGCCCUCACCAACGCUCUCGUGUACAGCCAAACACAGGUUGACGCGAUGGUGUCAACAAGGCAGACGGUUUCGGCAGCAGCGCCGUCCCUGCAGUCGUUUGCCUACUCCUACUUCUUCAUAUUCUUUGAGGGCUAUGCCGUGCUGCAGCACGACACAGUCCUGGCUGUCGCUAUCGCUGGAGCGGUGGUGUUUGUCAUCAUGCUGCUCGUGCUCGCUGACCUCACGUGCAGCAUCCUGGUAGCAGCAAUGGUGGCAUUCAUAGGGUUAGAGCUCGUGGGAUUCCUGUAUUGGUCGGGCAUGGGGUUCAACUCGGUCACCUCCAUCACCGUGCUGCUCUCUGUCGGCAUUGUUGUCGACUACUCCGCCUUCAUCGCCUUCUCCUUCCUCUCCCAGGUCGGCUCGCGCAAUGAACGGGCACGCAAGGCGCUAGCCCAUCUCGGGGUGGCGGUGUUCAACGGCGGAUUCUUCAUGUUCCUGGCGGUGCUGCCCAUGUGCCUGGCGCAGUCCUUUGUCUUCCAGUCCUUCUUCAAGAUGUUUGCCAUGAUCGUCUCCCUCGGCCUCUGGCACGGCCUCUUUGCCCUCCCGGUUAUCCUCUCCCUCGUCGGUCCCCGGCCGUUUGACACCACUGUGGAGAGGUUGAAAGAGCAGGAGGAGGGAGGAGGGAAGGGAGGUUUUGAUGGGGAGGUGCUUGGAGGGCGAGGGGAGGACGAGGAGGGGAUGGGAGGGGAAGAGGGGAGGAUGGAGGAGGGGAGGGGGACGAGUAAGGUGGAGGAGGAGGGGUGUGAGAAGGGACGGUGCAGUGGGGUUGAGUGUGAUGAGGGUAGCAGCAGUGGCGGUUCUGUGGAGAAUGGGAGUGACAGUGACGGGUUGGGGGGACUGGGAAUGGACAGGGAGAGGAAUGGGAGUGGCAGCACGAGUGUGAGUGGGGGAGGGAGCGGCAGUGAUGGGAGCAGCGAGGGCAGCGGGGAGUGCAGCACGGAACUACAGGCUCCAGUUCCCCAGCAGUUUCAUGUUUAA